AUGAGUAGUAAUAGUUUUUCAUCAUCAUCAUCUUCAUCAUCAUUUAAACAUAAAACUCCAAUCCGAUCAAGAACAGAAUCAUUUCCAAAUCCUUCAUCAUCAUCCUCAAUAUUAAAGAUUAAUUUAUUUGAUACUGUUACAGGAUAUCUAGAAGAUGAUAAAUCAAUUUUGGAUCAAAUAGAGAAUACUAUAAAUGGUUGUGAUUCAACAACAACAACCUACCAUCACCAUAAUCAUACACUUCCACCUCUAAUCAUAAAAUCACCAGAUCUAAAUAAUAACAAUAGUAGUAGUAGUAAUAAUAAUAAUAUAAAUGAAAAUGAUGAAAGUGGUUGUAUAAAUAAAAUUAAAAUUAGUGAUAAUGGUGAACUUUCAAAAAAGAGUACAAAAAUUACAUUUAAAGAAGAUAAUGAUUUCGAUUUUAAAACAAUUGAAGUUUUAGAGAAUUUAAUGACAGAUUUUGGUAAAACUUCAUUAACUAGUAGUAAUAAUAGUAGUUGUAAUAGUAGUAAACAUAAUAGUAGUUUAAAUUUAUCAACACCCAACACAACAACCAAUACAACAACCAAUACAUCAACAGCAACAUCAACGGCACUGAAAAAAUCACAGCAAGCAAUAAUAAAUGAUUCAAGUGAUAUAAAUUCAUUAAUUAAUGAUAUUGAUUCUUAUUUAGUUGAUAUUCAAGAUGAAUUAAAGAAACCUACAACUGGAAUUGAAAAUGAGAAAUUAUUAAUAUCACCAUUAAUAUCAGAACAAGAACAAGAAGAACAACAACAACAACAACAACAAGAAAUAUUAUUAUCAACUAUUGAUGAUUUAGUUUCAUCUCAUAAAAAUGUUGAUUUGCCACAAGAUAUCUUGGAUAUUAUGUCAUUUUCACCACCAAAAUCAACACCAUCUUCAUCUUUUAAAAUACCUCAAUCAACUUCAAUGACUGCUAUAGCUACUGACCCCGCUGUUGUAUCACCUAAAAAAACAAGUUCUUCUUUCAUUUCACCAUCUUCUUCUUCAAUCCAUAAAGAUGACGAUGAUGAUAAUAAUAAUAAUAACAAUAAUAAUAAUUAUAUUAACGAUAUCGAUAAAAAAUCAGUUGAACUUCCACCUGAAAAAGUAACACCAGGAGAUUUACAACAAUCUAUUGAUUCAUUAGAAAUAUCACUUCAAUUAUUACAAAAGCCACUUGAAAAAUUACAACAACAACCACAACAACAACAACCACAACCACAACCACAACCACAACCACAACCACAACCACAACCACAACCACAACCACAACCACAACCACAACCACAACCACAACCACAACCACAACCACAACCACAACCACAACCACAACAACAACCACAACAACAACCACAACAACCGCAACAACAACAAGAACAACCGCAACAACAACAACAACAACAACAACAACAACAACAACAACAACAACAACAACAACAACAACAACAACAACAACAACAACAACAACAGCCACAACAACAACAACAACCACAACAAAAUAAUUAUUUGUCAAUAAAAAUUGUUAAUAAUCCAUCGUUAUCAUCAUUUUCAACUUUUGGUAAACUUACACCAAAACAAACACUUGAGAGAAAUGAUGUUGGAGAAAAAAAUAAUACAAAUGAAGUUUUGGAUACUAAUUUUAUUAAAAAUUCUUUAAAUUCAACACAAACUGGUGUAUUGUUGGCACCAUCUUUCAAAGCUACAAUGUCAGAUUUUGGAAAUAAUAGAGUUGUUUCAAAAGAUACAGAAACCGAUGAAAUAAAAGAUGUUGUUGAAGCAAAUAGUAAAAAGGAAGAAUCUACCUCACAAGUUGUUCAAAUUGAAUUGGCUGCUAAUAAUAAUAAUAAUGAUAAUAACAAUAAUACUAAAAGUGAUAAUGAAAAUCAAAUUGAAGAAAGUCAAACAAAUUUACAACCAUUCAAUGACGAUAAUGAUGAUAAUAAAGGUGGCCAUGAUAAUCAAUUAAAAUCGUCAAAUGGUUCAUCUUUUAGUAAAACUGAGCUUUCAACAUUAAUUGAAACCAUUGAAUCAUUACCAACAAUACCACAAACUGUAACAAUACAACACACUAAAACAACAUCAUCAUCACCAAAACAACAACAAUUAGGUUCACAACUUUCAAUUAACACCUUAAAAUCAAUAUCUCCACCAGUUCCCCCAAGAACCUAUCUUCAACAACCACAACAACCACAACAACAGCAAACUAAACCAAUAACAAUUUCUCCAAUAAACACCAAUAGCAUUAAUAAUAAUAAUAAUAAUGGUUGUAGUGGUGAGCAACAACAACAACCAAAUUCACCAAAAUGGGUAUAUGGUAGUUCAAGACAUAGAUUAAAUGGAUCAGGUUCAUCAUCGGUUAAUAGUGAUACAUUAACAGAUUCUAGUGAUUCUUAUUCAAGUGGAAUUAGUAGUUCACCAUCAUCAUCAUCAUCAUCUUCUUCUUCUACCAUUUCAACAACUAAUAAUGAAAAACCAGUAAAUGGUAAAAUUAAAUUAAGAAAUCAUAUUUGGAGAAGAUCAAAUAUGGGUGAUAAUAAUUUAACAUCAAGUGGUAAUCAUCCAAGAUCUUCAACUGAUCCAUCUUCAUAUAUUUUUGGUACAAAUACUAUUGUUUCAUUAGAUUCAAAUAAUAAUAAUAAUAAUAAUAAUAAUAAUGGUUCAAAUAACCAAUCACCACCAGAUUCAAUAACAAAUUCAUCAAGUGUAAAACAUAGGUCAACCUUUCCAGGUUCCUUACCUGAUAUUAAUUCAAUUACAAAUACUAGUUGUGGAAUAGCACAAAAUAUAUCAUCAGCACAACAACAACAACAGCAACAACAAAGAAAAAAUAGUAUUCAAAGACAAUUUUCACAUAUUAUAUCGGCACCAAUUUUAACAUCAACCAUAGUUUUAGGAUCACAACCAACUCCAUCAAAUUCAAUUUUAAUUUUCGAUGAAAAUGGUAUGGAAAAAUCAAUUUUUAAUAUUGAUAAUCCAAAAUCAUUAUUUAGAAGUACAAGUAAUCAUGGUUUUGUUACAAAUAAUACAAAUGCUACAUUAAAGGAAAGAAUUGAUUUAGAAAAUCCUGGAAAAGUUAAAAAAGUUAAAGAAUUAUUAAAAAAUUAUAGAGAGAAAAUCAUUACUUUAAUUAAUAAAGUUUAUAAAGAUACUGAAUCAGUAUUGGAUAGUAGAAAACAAUUUUUAAAAAAAUAUGAAAAAAGAAUUAAAGAGUAUAUGGAUAAUCAUCAAUUUGAACUUUCAAAAUUAUAUAGAGAAUAUUAUUGUCAAAAAAUUUUAACAAAAGAAAUGGAAAUUCAAUUAAGUAGUGAAAGAAUUGAAUUUUUAAAAUUAAAAUUAAUUGAUAUUGGUAAUUUAAUUAAACUUUUAGAAGAUUAUUUUUAUGAUGGUACAACUUCUUCAACUGUAAAUUCAUCAUCAUCAUCAUCAUCAUCAUCAUCAUCAUCAUCAUCUUCUUCUUCUUCAACAAAUAGUAAUAAUAAUAAUAAUAAUUGUAAUAUUAAUUCAAGUGGUCAUAUAUCAUUAACAUUUGGUUCACCACCAAUUUCAGGUUUAUUAAAUAGUUAUAAUAAUAAUUCACCAAAUUCUUUACCAUCAUCACAACAAUUAUUAACUCCAACUGCAAUUUCAAUACAAAAGAAAAACAUCAUAGUUUAUUCUUCUUUCUUUUUAAAAACUGAUACAUUAUUAAACAAAAAUAAUUAUAUUUUAAAUACUCGUAAAAGAUUAAAAUACCUUUAUGAAAAUAUUAAAAAGUUUAAAUUGAAUUAUAAAAUUUAUUAUUUAAAUAUUUAUCAAAUGGAGAAUAUGGAAAAGAGAGAAUCAAAAUUAAAGAGUAUGUUAUCACGUGUAAAGAGAAGUAAAGAGAUAACAUUUUUAUUACCAUGGGAUCAAAAUCAAGAUAUUCAAAGUGAAUUCUCUGUGAUGAUGUGGGAUACUAGAUUUAUAGAGGGUAGACAAAUUAGACAAUUAAUUAAUAUCAUAUCUGAAGAUUGUACAAACCAAAGAAAAAUUAAACCAAUUGAUAUUGAAGUAUUUGUUGAAAAGUUUUGUGAACAUUUAAUAUCAAAUUACCAUUUAGUUACAAAACCAUCACCACCACCACAAUCAACUACUUCCACACCAACUCCAAUUAAUUCAUCAUCCUCAAAUUCAUCGUCAUCAUUAUCGUCGUCGUCAUCAUCGUCGUCGUCCACACCAAAUGAUUUCAUUUCAAAUCAUAAUUAUAAUGCAACUAAAAAUGGUUUAACAAAAUCACAAUCUCAAUUAAAUAUUCAAUUACCACCACCACCACCAUUAACCUAUGAAGAAUUAUUAACAAAUUAUCAAACUCAGUAUACUCAAACUUUUGAAGCUUUAUCUCAAUUAUUUAAAAGAAGUUUUUAUUCAGAAAUUUAUCCAUUAUUAAAGAUUAUACUAGCAAAUGAAGUAGACAAUAAUGCAAUUAAAUUUGAUCUAGAUCUUCAAAGAAAAGUUGAACAAUAUAAAGGUCAAACAUUAAAAGAAUUGAAUAUGCUUCCAUCCAAUUUCCCUGAUGAUUAUGAUUGGACAUUCCUUUAUGCAAAUGGUAAAAAUCCAUUUGAAACUUCAAUUUCAAUUUUAAAUGAUUUAGCUUUCCUUACUGCUCCAAUUGAUUUAGUUCAUUGUAUUCAACAAUCUGUUAGCUCAAUCUAUACAACUUGUAAUGAAAUUUUAAAUAAUAUCACCUUUGGUACAAAUUAUCAAAAAGUUUUAGAAAAUUCUUCUUUAUUAAAAUGCACAAGAGGUGGUGGUGGUGGUGGAAAUGGUAGUAAUAGAGAUUUAUUAGAAAAAUCAGAUUCAAAUAAUAAUUCAUCUUCUUCAUUAUCAUAUUCAUCUUCAGAGAAUAAUUUAUCAAAUCAAAUUAAUAAUAAUAAUAAUAUUAACAAUGAUAAUAAUAAUAAUAAUAAUGACACUAAUAUUAAUGAUGGUGGUGGUCAUCAUGAUACAAUUUUAAUUGGAAUUCAAUCACAUCCUCAAUUAAUUCAACAAGUUCAACAAGCUCAAAAAGAACAAGUUAAAAAAGAAAUUAAUCGUACAAUGCCAUCACAUUCAUUAAGUGCUGAUGAUUUAUUCCCAGUUUUUAUUUAUGUUGUAAUGAAUAGUGAUAUUAUUGGUCAUUCUGGUUUACUUUCUGCAAUAAUUGAACAUUUCUCAACUGAAAUGGAAACAAGUGGUGAAUUUGGUUGGUGUUCUGUUUCUUUCCAGGCUGCAAUAUCUCAUCUUAAAAAUUUGUAA